UGCAAGCUUAAAAGAAAGGCCAUCACUUACCAACAUGGAAACCUUUUACAACUAGAAGACUUCAAUAUAUCAAACUGUUCUAAUGAAUUUGAUGGAGCUUCUACUUCAGAGCAAGCAGUACUAAUAGAAGAUGUCAGUAAUGGAGCUAGGAAAAGCUAAACUUCCUAGAACUGGCCUUAAUGCUUUAUACCAGGCUAUACAUCCAAUAUAUGGGAUUGCAUGGACAGAUGGCAAACAAGUUACAUUGAUACAAUUGCAUUUGCAUGGCAAAGAAUGGAGGUUUGGUGAUUCAAUUCUUAUUGGUCAGUUUGAACAUGUUCACGCACUUUAUUGGAAUGCAUGCUAUUCUGCCGACUUGCCAGCUCUGCUUGCUGUUCAGCAUAAGAAGCAUGUUAGCAUUUGGCAGCUAAUCCAUAAUGUUUUGGAAAAGAAUAAGUUGAUGGUUUUCCAGACUUGUGAAAUUGUUGAGCCAUUCCAGUUACUUCCUCAAGGCUGUGUGUGGCACCCAAAGAGGGAUAUUUUGUCAGUAUUUACCAAAAGGGAGGCUUCUGUUUUAUAUGCAGUUCGUUUAGACAAUUCCAAGGUUAAAGCAGACAUUAAAAGCAGUGGACUCAUUCAUUGUGCUUGCUGGACCAAAGAGGGCAAUCGUCUAGUUAUUGCUAUAAGCAGUUCUCUUCAUUCCUAUAUUUGGGAUGAGGCCAAGAAAACACUGAAUGCUUGCACUUUUUGCCCAAUAUUUGAUGUUGGAGGUUAUAUCUGUGCUAUUGAAGCUACUUUGGAUUUUCAAAUUGCUGUGUCUACUGAGCUUCCUCCUGAUAAGGUAAAUGCUGGUAUUACAUCUGAAUUACCGGGAAGUUUUGAAAUGGAUUUCAUGUCUACAGAUUCUUCACAGUCUACUCUGAUGCUUGGGGACAAAGAAUAUUCAAUGGAUUCAAGAAGGAAGUCUUUUGAUUCGGAUAAAUCAGUAGCAGUGCAUUCUGUAGCUUCAUCUUCAGGCCCAAUUGAUUUAACCAGUAUCCUGGCAAACCACAGGAAACUGGAUCGCAGUCAUAUUCCUUUGAGGAGGAAGGUUAGCCCUUCAGGAAGUGGUCAGUAUUCCUCACAAUUGAUCUUGAUCACUUUUGAAGGAAAGAUAACCACAACUAGAAAAGUCAGCAUUCCAGGCAUUUUAGUUCCUGAUAUAAUUGCCUUUGACCCUAGUGCUCAAAUGGUAGCAGUAGCUUCUAAUACUUGCAAUAUUGUUUUGGUCUCUUCAAUUACAUCAUCCUGUAUGCCCAACUUGCAAAGGAUCCAACUAGACAGAAAUGAACAACCCAAAGGUCUAUCCUUUUUGACAGAUAAACUUUUACUAGUUUUGGUUGGCAAGCAAAGAUUCACUGAUCCCACAUUUAUCCCUUCCUCUAAUUCAGACAGAUAUAUUGUCAGAUUGCUGAUGAAAGAAUUAAUAUCUGGGAAAGACUCUUCAUCAAAAUCUGGGACUACCCAAACUUUGUCAUUCAUUUUUGAGCCUUCGGUUAGCCUCCCUGAGAAAAAAAGACAUUUUAAGAACUUUGCUUCAGAGGAUUGCAUUGUGGAGCAGGAGCUCUCGAGACCAGCUAAUGCUUUUAUUCAGUCACCCAAUAGAAGGAAACACAACCUGGAAGUGAGAAGUCCUAGUUAUGAACAAAGGUCCCCAUCCAAUGUGUGCAUUUUUUACGAAAAAGGAGCGUUGAGAAACUCAUCCGUUCUAGAAACUUUGGAAGCUGAACCAAUUAAUCGGUCAGUGGCCUUGUUUGGUGCCGAAACACCUACUAGAUUUUCCAAUACAUCGACUUCAUCUAAAGGAGCACAAAAAUCUUUAAAUUCUCCUAAAAAUAACAUAUUGGAUAAUGAUAAAAGAGCAACUGAAAUAUCCAUAAAUCUGGAAAGAUGGUAUAGCAGCUUCAGUGACUUACAUUUGAAACUCCUUGAAUUAAUAGAAUAUACUAAAAAUGGGAGGAGAUUAUCUCUUGUCUACCCUUCUUCUCAAGAACCACCUUUCAUAUACAUCAAAUACCAGAAGCGUUCUUCAAAUGCAGCAAUAGUUGAAGAAACUCGCAAUGUUCUACUAUACAAUGGCAAAAUCCAUUUGAAUUUAGUCCAGCAACUUUUUGAUCUGCAUAUUGUUGAAAUGAAACACGGUCCUUCCUGGAUAGUUCUUACUGAAGAUGGUGAAGGUUUUAUUCCAGUAGCUUUUAAAGCAAAGCAGGAGAUCAUCAUAAGGGAUGGCAAGGAUAAUUUUGAUCCCCAAGAAAGUUAUGCAUUCAAAGCAAAUUUUUCAUCAUAACCAACAAGCAUGAUAAGACAGUCAGGAAACAAAAAAAACAUAUUCUGGAACAUAAAAGAACUGAAAAUGUUAGAAUAUGAUUACCAAGACUUUCAAGUGUAUUUUAACUGCAAUUUACAAGAGUUGCCUAGCAGUGUAUUUUCUCUUCAGUGGUUUACUCUACAUCAGACAUGUCAAACUAGCUACGUCGCAUGACGUCGCGCGACGUAUCGGAGCUUUUUUGCCAUUGCCGGCAAUGGGGUGGGUGCGGCUCCAGUAUGAUGAAACCGGCCCGCGGGCCAGCAGUUUGACACCCCUGCUCUACAUUAAAUAAUCAGGAUGAUUCUCAACAUUAAGAAGGGAAUGCUGGAUUUAAAAUAAGGUCAUGCUAAAGAAUAAGCUCUGAAGCCAAUCUGAUAUUCUGUGCAAAAAAAUCUAUCAGAUGUGUUUAUUUAAAGUUAGUACCACCUUUAGGGAACUCUGCAGAUAAACAAACCAUAUAUUAUUUUUAAAAUAACAACAUAAUACAACUGUUUAGCCUUGUUCCACUUAGCAUGGGAAAUACUAUAAUGAAAGCAACAAAUAUUUGGAUUCUAAGUGACUGUGAGUGGAAUACUGCUCCUAAACUAUUUCCACAGAUCAAAAAAUGGAGGCAUUUUUCAUUCCCCCCUUUUAGUCCCCUUGAAAAUCUUUGGGAGGGGCAUUAAAGGAUUCUACAGGAUAGAUAACAGAAUAUGGGAAGGGAUCAUAUUCAUAUUAGAGAUUUUUUAAAAAAAUAAAUUAAAUUGCAGAUGCUAAAAGGCUAUUCUUAAUUGGACCCUGAGGCUUUUAAACUGGAUUUACCUUAUUGUGGCUCUAACACUGUUCAGAGUCCUGCUACCUAUUGUACUAGGAAAAAGCUUGUAUUGGAGGGAACGGCAAGAGCAUGCACAGGUCCUGCUAUAAUAUAUAUUGUAUAUAAAUAUCUCAGAUAUUUACAAUACCUACACAUGGGCGCAUUAGUACCUAUUAGUAACUACCCAAAUGAUUAACUCCGUCACUCCAUCUUUUCCAGAUAUUUUCCCAUAUACAGUAUCUAAACCAGCGGUUCUCAACCUAUGGGUCGCAACCCCAUUUGGGGUCGAUCGACCAUUUUUCGGGGGUCGCCAAAGAA